AGGGCCGCCUCGGCUUCUUAGGAGCUGCCGGCCCCGAGCCCCAAUACGGGGCUCGAGGCCCGCUCGCGCCAUAUGGUGGCCGAGGCGGAGGCAGACGCCGAGGCCAGGCCGAAGCCGUCGUCGAGGGCUAACUACCCAGGGAGCAGGGCGGCGGGGCGGACGCGGCGCGACCUGCCGCGGCGGCAGCGGGCCCACGAGGACGGAUGGGACGCCGGCGACGUGACGGCGGCGCCCCUGCCCCUGGGGAGGGCGGCCGCCAGCCCCGUGCUCGGGAUCACAGCGCCCCCGCGGGUGUUGGUGGCCGCCCCCUCGAGCAGCGCCCAAGGCCGACAGCGACGUGCACGGGGUGCUGGUGCUGGGAGGGAAGGACCCCGGGAAGAACCCAGCCUGGUCUGUCGCUCGCGGCCGCGGUGAACGGAGCGUACCCGACCGGCCGCGCAGUCAAGGACAAGCGGGAGGCGAUGCCGCUCAGCGGGCAGACCUAUGAGAUUCCAGCGCGCGAGGUGAGGGCGGUGGACGGCACGGCGAGGGACAUGCGGGUGCUCCUCACGGACACGCCGCCGUGCGGCACCGGCAGCGAGGAGCAGCCGCUGUGCACGAGGGCCAGCCCGAACUCCACGCAGCGCCAGCAGGUGGUGCCGUCCUGGAUGAAGGUCGCGCUGCGCAACGGCAACCAGCCGCACUACGCCGUGCUCUUCUGCAUCGACUCCACGGCCACGCCGCUCUGGGAGGACGCGGGCCGCUGCUGCGACCUCUCGAGGCUCCUCUCCGCGCUGAGGCGGAGCAACUACACCGUCGUCCUGGCCGUCACGAAGCUGCUCCAGGCACGGGAGGAUGCCCUCCGAGACAAGAACAUGGGCGUGGCGGGCGGCAUGGACCCGCGGAACAGCUACGAGUCCUUCGCCGGGAGGUACGUGGAGAAGGUGAGCGCUGCGAUUCAGGCUGCCAGUGGCGAGCAGCACCUGCCUCUGGAGCCGGGCCGUCAGGCCUUCCCGCUCCCCAACGUGACAAUCUUCGACGUCCCCACCUGGAGAGCGGCGCCGUCGUUUACAAGUCGUGGUUGGGCAAAGUUGCGACUGCGGAGCUGCCGAACUUGCGGUACGCGACUUCGCAGCUGAAGCGCGUGUUGGACGCAGUGAGCCUGAGGUCUUGUGCUUUGACGUGAGGGCCACCCGCACUUGCUCCUGCGCCUGCUUGCGCGCGUUCCCAGCAUCACAGGUCCAGCACGGGACGGGAUGGUGCAUUCUGCGCAGCCUCGGCAUCUUCGCCGGUGCGGCAAGCAUCGAAUAUGUUGCUUCUCCCUGGCGCUGGUGGCCAACAAAACCUUUGCGCUUCGCGUGCGCCCACUGUGCCCAUCCAUGAUCCAGUGUGCCCCUUCUGGGGGGAACUUCUUAGGAUUGCCUAUCUUCGGCGACCAACUCGGGGAAAGACGA